AUGUCCCCCUCCCCACCGGCACUGGCACCAUCACGUGUGACCUUUCUACCGGACACGAACGUCCUUUUGUCCCUGCAACUUUACUACGACACGUGUUCAACGCCUUUCACAAUCUAUCCCACCCUGGAGUCCGGGCGACAGUGGAACUCAUCACUGACCGAUUCGUCUGGCCCAACAUCAACCGGGAUGUACGGCGUUGGACCCGCUCCAGUCUACCAUGUCAACGAACCAAAACGCAUCGGCAUACUAUUACUCCGCCAGGAACUUUCGCCACUCCUGAUGCACGCUUCAGUCAUGUGCACAUUGACCUGGUAGGUCCGCUGCCACCAUCUAACGGUUCUACCUAUAUGCUGACAUGCAUUGAUCCUUUUACUCGGCGGCCGGUUGCUGUGCCUAUUCCGGACAUCAGUGCCGAAACUGUAGCAAGAGCUUUCUUGACUCAUUGGGUGUCCAAUUUUGGAGUUCCUGCGACUGUCACCACUGACCGCGGAUCCCAAUUCGAGUCCACGCUGUUCUGAUCUUGUCUACGGAACCUCCCUACGACUGCCCGGUGAGUUAGUGUCUCCCUCAAACAUGCUAACGUUUUUCGAACCUUGCAGUUAUGUGGAGCAGCUGCGUAGUGUCAUGCGCAAUCUCCGCGCAACGUCCCCUCGGGCGUCAUCGACCACUUCCCUCAUCCCUCCCGACCUGGAUAAGUGCAAUUAUGUCUGGGUUCGGCAUGACGCUGUCCGGCGGCCACUCCAACAACCCUAUGACGGGCCGUAUAGAGUCCUUCGUCGAUCUGACAAAGAUGUUGUCAUCGAUCGCAACGGCAAGACCGACACAGUCAGCAUUGAUCGCGUCAAGCCGGCCUACAUCGACGACAGUGACCAUUCCUCACCUCAACACUGUACCCCGCCUCAGACAGUGCGGCCUUCUCCACCUACUGGCGACAGACCGCCUCCGGUUCGCCGCACACGAUCUGGUCGCCACGCCCACUGGCCCGACCGGUUUGUGGCUGGCUAG